AUAGGAAUAGUAGUUGAGCACUCACUGUACUGUUUAGCUACCGAGAGAGCGAGAGAGAGAGGGUGUAGAAAAUCUAAUUCACAAUCUUGAAAGAUAAUAUGGAGAAGAAGGUAUGGGCAGGGCUGAGCCACCUCUUUGUGACGGUGUUCAUGUCUUGCUUUGCUGCUUUCAUUGUGAUUCCGGCAAUUACAGAUGUCACCAUCUCCGCUACUUGUCCUGCUCAUCAAGAUCAAUGCUCUCUUGCCAUUUACCUCACCGGAAUCCAACAAGCAGUGAUAGGAUUGGGGACGGUGGUGAUGAUGCCAGUAAUUGGAAAUCUAUCAGAUGUGUAUGGAAGGAAAGCUUUGCUCACACUCCCCUUGACCCUCUCCAUUGUUCCUCUAGUGAUUUUGGCGUAUAGCAGGGAAACCAAUUUCUUCUUUGCCUACUAUGUGCUCAGGACACUCACUGCUAUGGUCUCCGAGGGCAGCACAAACUGCCUUGCCCUUGCUUACGUGGCAGAUGUGAUUUCAGAGGGAAAAAGGGCAUCGGCAUUUGCAAUUCUAUCUGGUGUGACCUCAACUGCACUUGUCUGUGGAACCUUAGCUGCUCGCUUCAUUUCUCCAGCUUUGGCAUUCCAGGUUGCCGCUUUUGUCUCAAUGGCUGCUGCUGUUUACAUGAGAGUUUUUCUUAAGGAAAGCAUAGAAAAAGGUAGUGGUCUCACACAGCCAAUCUUGAAGGAAGGACCAGAUAAUAUGGUACAAGUUGAUUGUGAUUCACCAAGGCACAUACCAGUGUUCAAGAAAAUUCCAUCGGUUGGAGAUCUCGUUUGCUUGCUGAAGAGUAGGUUUGAGAUAAUUGAAACCGGGACAAAAAACAUCUUGUGUUGCAGCGUCACAUUAUCCCAAGUAGCAGUUGUUGCAUUCUUCCAUAGUCUCGCAGAAAGUGGGAUGAUAUCUUCUUUAAUGUAUUUCUUGAAGGCCCGCUUUCAGUAUGACAAAAAUCAGUAUGCUGACUUAAUGCUAAUUAUGGCAGUUGCAGGGACUCUGUCACAGUUGAUUCUAAUGCCCAUUUUGGUACCUGCUAUGGGAGAGGAAAGGUUACUCUCAAUAGGUCUCCUAGUGGGCAGCGUAAAUACUAUAAUUUACAGCAUUUCUUGGUCAGCAUGGGUUCCAUUGGCAAUUACUGUAUUUUCUGCUUUUCAACUUCUAGUCGCUCCAAGUUUACGUAGCAUUGCGUCGAAACAAGUUGGGCCCAACGAACAAGGGAAAGCUCAAGGAUGCAUUUCAGGCAUAACUUCCUUUGCCAGCAUUGUUGCCCCAUUAAUUUUUAGUCCUCUCACAGCUAUGUUCUUGUCUGAAGGAGCACCAUUCUAUUUCCCUGGAUUCAGUAUCCUGUGCAUUGGAUUUGCUACGAUAAUCGCGUUCAUUCAGAGUUGUAUGAUAAGGGCUGCUCCAACUUCAAGCACAAAGGCUGCAGCAAUUGAGGAUGAUGUAUGUGAUUUAGAAGUAGCUUCUCCCUAGAAUGAACCAAUCUAAGAAUGUACUUUAGCAGCAGAUAGAAUACAAUCAGGUAUAUUAGUUUGUUCCACUUGGAACUCAUGUUUGCAUAUGAUGUGUUAAAUCUCUAUGUUUAAUUACAUUUACAUCUUUGCAUAAAUCUCUCCAUAGAAAAGAAUAUUUGUGAUCA